AUGGACAACCUGCGAGAGACCUUCCUCAGCCUGGAAGAUGGCUUGGGUUCCUCCGACAGCCCUGGCCUGCUGUCCUCCUGGGACUGGAAAGACAGGGCGGGGUCCUUUGAGCUGACCCAGGCCUCUCCCUCCCAGAGCCUCUCCCCAGCUCCAUCCCUGGAGUCCUAUUCUUCCUCUCCCUGUCAGGCUGUGGCCGGGCUCGCCUGUGGGCAUGGAGGUGCCAAUGGCCGGGGUGGUGAUGACUGCAGCGGCCUUGGGACCAGCGGCCUGGCGGAGGUGGACUACGACAUGUUGGCUUUCCCGCCUGCCUACCUGCAGAGUGGCACCAAGGCCCAGAAGGGCACCAAGGUCAGGAUGUCUGUCCAGCGGAGACGGAAGGCCAGCGAGAGGGAGAAGCUUCGGAUGAGGACCUUGGCUGAUGCCCUGCAUACCCUCCGGAAUUAUCUGCCCCCUGUCUACAGUCAGAGGGGCCAGCCACUCACCAAGAUCCAGACGCUGAAGUACACCAUCAAGUAUAUCGGAGAGCUCACAGACCUUCUCAACAAUGGCCGAGAGCCCCGGCCCCAAAGCGCUUGA